AGAACAAAACACAGCCGACCCGCGCCGGCACGCACCCCAAUGAUACGCCACUGAACCACAUCAUCGCACAGCACGACUCUGCUCGCUCGCGAUGGCGGCCAAGGCCAAGACCAAUCCCCUCAAUGGGAUGCACACCGCAGGCAUCUUCUCAGACAUGAGCAUUGAUGGUCCAGAGAUUGGCACCCUCGUCCUCAUUGUUGACCGCGCAAAGAAUUUGCCCAACCGCAAAACCAUUGGCAAGCAGGACCCGUAUGUUGCGGCUCGCCUCGGCAAGGAGGCCAAGAAGACAACCACAGACAUCCGCGGUGGACAGACUCCAAGGUGGGACCAAGAACUCCGCUUCAACGUGCACGACUCGCCAGAUUACUACCAGCUCAAGCUUUCUGUGUUUAAUGACGACAAGAAGACCGACUUGAUCGGCGAGACAUGGAUCGACCUACGCGACAUCAUUGUGCCGGGUGGCGGGCAGAACGACCACUGGCAUACACUUGGCUGCAAGGGGAAAUACGCCGGAGAGAUCCGCAUCGAAACCACCUUUUACGACAGCAGGCCAAAGCCGGAGAAGCCUGCCCCCGAGCCCAAAGCGGCUGCUCAGGGUAUCGAACAGUCCGAAGGUGCAGCUGCCGGAGCUCCUGGAGGCCCGAGGAACCUCGUGAAGCGGCGACCACUUCCAUCCGACCCGAGCGGCCGAAAACAGCCAGAACGUGUUGAGUCCGGACCACGCCCACAGCCACCGGUGCCGGGGUCAAUGCUGCCGAAGCAGUCCCCCCUCCAGGCCAUCGAAUACACACAAAUUCCACCACAAGGAAAACAGGACCAUGGCGUUGAUGAGUACGCUGGAUCUGCUGGACCAGACAGUCCUUAUGCGGAUGCACCUCGGGUCGCGCCAAGACGCAGCUAUGAAGAUCAAGCGCAGUACGCCCAACACCCCUACUCAUCCCACAUGGUGGAGCAACGAUCUUCAUACAGCCAUGGACAGCCGGAGUUCGAAGCUCCUCCACCAAUCGGCCGCGGCCCUCGCCAUUCUUUUGGUGCCAUUGAAGCCCCGCCACCACCCCCAGCGCACCGCAGCCGGGGAGGGAGCGUCCCUUCGCAAGAGAUGGUGCACCGGGCUAGCUUUGACAUGCCUAUGCAAAAGGCCACGCCUCCGAUGAUGCGACAUGAUGUACUACGCCACGAGGCUCACCGGCAUUCUGUUUCUGCGCUGCCUCCCUCGACUGCGUCGCCUUACCCAGGACGACCAAUGUAUCGUCCCUAUGACUCUGCUCCGGAAGUACCAGGUGGGCCGCAGUACCACGAAGAGCGCCAGCACCACCCGUCUCCUCCGCGCCACCAUUCGUACGACUCUGCGUAUGAUUCACAUGGUCGCUCCCUGCAGCCGACCGUCGAGGAUGUGCCAGAGUCUUGGACACCACCAAAACCUAGAUACACGCAAACGCAAGAGGCACGGACGCCACCCAACCCUCGCGCCAGCUACCAACGUACCUCACCUUUACCAUACGAAUCCAGCCAUGAGGAUGACCGAGAUCUGCGGAUGUCAGCAAGCCCAGCCCCACUAAAUGUCGGUGGUCGAGGAAGUGCUACGUCCAAUCGGUACCAAACCAGCCCGUUGCCUAUCUCAUACGAUCCUCAGUCCUACGACAGCCCUGAACAUCAGUCCAUGUCCAACGCAAUAGUACCCAGAGGCUACAAUCAUUCAAGCAUGUCCGCACUACCUGAUCCGGACUACUCGCGAGACCCGUAUGUCAGUCAUGGUAACGAGCUCGCCCUGCGGACCCGUCAACAUUCUGCAGAUUUCUCUGCCGCUGCCGCUGUGCCAGCUACUUUGAUCCCAGGGUUUGAUCCAAGCAUGCAAGACAUCACAGAACGCAUCUAUGAAGAUCGGAGACGUGAGCGGCGGUACACACAACCAGCACCCAUGACAACUCCGACACGUGGGAGGCAGCACAAUGAACCGCCGAUGCAGUACAGCCAUCAAUCUCCGCAACACGGCUAUUACCAGGGGAAUUCCCGCCCCCACGACAGGAGCCCACCAGCGUAUGGCGGUUCUACAUCUCCUGCAGCAGCACCGAUGGCCACCCAGCGGCACAGAGGAGUGUCACCGGUUCCUAACCCCAGCCAUACUAUCAAGCGGAAAUCAGUCAGCCCCGCACCACCUCCUGCGGAAGACAGAGGCGAUGGACGCAGACUAUCUGGCAUACCCUUCGGGCCAGAUGACUAUGACGAGCUGAAUCCUGCCGUCGUUUCGGCCAAGGACGCAGCCACACCCGCGCACCAGUACACGAACCCCCAGGGCAAGAUUGUUACCGCAGAUGGUCGCGAGAUUGAUCCAUCCGAUCAUUUGGCGGAGGAUACAUGGGCUCCGGAACCGGAGCCCAAGAAGCCUUUAAACAACUUUGAGGAGCCUCGAUCUCGCCCAGCCAUGUCAGGGGCACACCCAAUGCCGGCCUCCAGCUACAAGAACAUUCGUGUGACUGUCCGUCCACAUUCCAUGGCACAGCUGCCGACGCAGGCCGUAGCCCCUCUUGCUAUCAUGGAUCGAGAACCGCCUGCCCCCUUGCAGGCGCCGUCUAGCGGCAGAAACAGGUUGCAGAAGAAGCAGCACCGAGCCUCCGCACUUCCGGCCCCUGUCCCGAGCGGCUCAUCACCGCUUGGUCCAGCUUCCUCUCACCAGCGCAAUAGCACACCUCCUCGUGCGUUGGUGAGGGCUAGUACCUUUGAUUACGAGAAUCAUAUCGUGCCAUACAAUUCCUCCCAAGGUGCAGCUAGGGGUGGUUACGGCGAUGGACCGCCGAUCCCAGCCAAAAUUCCCGUCAUGAGUGGUGGCAUGGGCCCAGCCAGCUAUGGACCAGGACCAGGACCAGGACCGGGAGCCGGAAGUGGUGACUGGGCUCUUAUGCAAGAGAUGAGCCGAAUCGAUCUUGGCUCAGGACGUGCAAGGCGACAUGGCGGCGGCUACUAGUCGUGCUCGACG